AAGGUCUCUAUAAAUAGGUUCUAGAAAGAGAGAGAGAGAGGGGAGAAUUUGGGAAACGAGGAGAGCGAGUGUGAGAGAGAUGGAAUUGGGAGAUGCGAAGAAGAGAUGCGGAGAUGUAAUAGAGAGAAUAGAGAGAUUGACCAAAAUCACUGCUUCUUGCAAACGCACUCUCCUCAAGUUGGCUCGCUCUGAACUCACUUUCCUCUCCCGCGUCAGCUCCAGCUCCACCUCCUCCUCCUCCUCCUCCACUCCCCUCAGUGUCAAUAUCGGCCACCUCGAGGCAGUUGUUCACAUUCUCCAGCACCCUUUUAUCACCGGGGUUUCUCGCGUUUGCAAGCCUAUUCCUUUGUCUCCCAAAACUUGUUUCAAACAUGUCCAUGUUGAUAUAGUUUGCACUCUCAAUAGGAACCCAGUCUGGAUUAUUGUAUCUCAUAGAAAUCCCAAAUACAUUACUUGGAGGAAUGAAUCCCAAACUAAGGAGGAGGGCUUGCAAUUCCGAAUUCAGCAACUCACCGGGGCCGCCGCCCGCUCUGCUCUCGCACUCAAACCUUCCUCACUUAUUCUUUUCUUUUCACAUGGACUUAGCACCAUCCUAUCUCAUCAACUCAAGCAUGAAUUUGGGGCCACUGAUCUCAUGGAGGAAGCCGGUGAUUGGAUUAAUGUAUUAGUUGCCACAACAUAUCAGGAGGCAUGUGUAUUUGAGAUAAAGGUUGGUGGUGAUGCUGUUUUCAAGGACUCGUGCCCCAACUGGGAAAUCCUAGAGGACCACACACCAUUUUUUCCAGCAUUCUCUUCUCUCAACUUGUUCUCUUUGGAUGUGAAAAACACGGAGACACCUAAACUAGGGGGUGACUGCCAUCUUGUAAACUUUGGUACAACUGCUUUGAUUGCUCUUGUUUCGGGUAUUAGUAAUGGAGGUACAGAGAAACUUUUGGCUACUCCAGAAACUGAAUUGAGGCAGCGAUUUAAGGGCAACUAUGAGUUUGUGAUUGGACAGGUGAUGUCUGAAAUUCAGAAUCCAAUUCUUGUUGAACUUAGUUGCUCAAUAUCUGGAAAGCGAGGUAUUAUUUGUGAAAGCGUUCAUUCAGAGUUCAAGGAAUUAGUGUCAAUGUUUGGAGGGCCUAAUGAGAAGUUGAGAGCUAGUCACCUACUAAAGUAUCUCACAGUUGUUCCUGAUAGUCCCUCUAAACGCAUGAUGAGCCUUCCGACCACUCGAAAACUGGCUUUGAAGAAUAAGGUUGUUUUUGGUACUGGUGAUUAUUGGCGUGCUCCAACUGUAACAGCUAAUAUGGCAUUUGUGAGAGCGGUUUCACAAGCAGGGAUGUCCUUGUUUACCAUUGAGCACAGACCACGGGCUUUAACUGGUGAUUAGUUCUGUGAUGUCUUCAGAUUAAAAACUGAAACAUACUUACUUGGAUAGUAAUGGCAGGUUGUGGCAUUUUCAAACUGUCCUGCUGGAUCAGCUGGAACUUGGAACUUGAAAUAGUCAGAAAGCUUAGAGUUUUGCUCCUUCAUCAUUUGGGAUCUUAUGUCAUAGUCAAUAACUAUUUUAUCUUUCUAGAA